GAAGUGUGCAGUUGACAAGGGGAAGAAAAGUUUUGGUCUGUCUUCUAAUUAGAUCAUUCUUCGUGAUGGAAACUGGAUUAACAAAAGCCAUGGGAACAAGCAAUAAGAAAAACAAUCGUGACAAAUGGACAAAUGGACAAAGCUCAAAAAGGAUCUGUCAGCAGGUCAAAGCAGGUGUUCACAAGUGAGACUGAUUCCAUUGUCCUUUCUUCCAAAUCAGCACUGAAGUCUUUUUUACCCACAAACCAGCAGGGACACAUGCUCAAUAUGUCUUACCGAAGAACUACUUUCGAUACGCAGGGAAAAGAAAAUGGAAUCAUGACAGGAAGUAAGCUCCCAAGAUCCAACGCCGUCAACAUUAAGGACAAAAUAUCACUUUGGGAAGGGAAGGAGUCAACCAGCUCAAAUUCUAGUGUAACAAGGAGUUACACUACAACAAGUUCAUUAACCAAAAAUGGUAAUGUGGAAACAGCUCACAGCUCGAAUACUCAUUUGAAUGGAAAAGACACAGAAAAUGUAGGAACAGAUAUAAAACCUGUGUCACCUAAGGAUUCAAAAACAGAAGACAAAACAAAAUCUACUGGAAAAAAUGUAAAUACUAAAAUUGAAAAUCAAAAGAAUGGAUUAACAGACAGUCAUGGUGAGAAGGAAAAUGUUCAAGUUGAGAAUUUAAGAUCAGAUUCUCCUGUUAUGGUUGAGAAAUUACAAAGUGAAAGUCUUAAACGAAGUAAGGAGCCUGUAAGCCAAGAACGCAAAGCAGUUUUUAGUCUUUUUAAGAAGCUAGAAGCAAUGGAGGAUCGCCAGAACAAACCUACAACUGAACUUGGGAACUAUUUCAGCGCUCAAACGAAAAGAAAACAGGACGAGUUGAAGAAAAAGGACUUUACUGGACAAAAGACUAAUACAAUACAAUCUGAAGAGGGUGUUUAUAACGCUCCAGGAUCUCCCCCUAUUAACCCAGUGCCCAAACCCAGGCGAACCUUCCAGCACCCGCCCCACAGCGGGACUCUCCCCAGAGGACUCAGACACCUGCCGCCCUUGCCAUCCCAGAAUUUACCUGUCUCCUCGAAACCACCGACAGGGGUAUAUCGGACCAGGGCAAAUGGAAGGAAGUCAUUUGAACUGGAGGACACUCUGGGAUCUACGAAGUCUCCGUUCUGUCGGUCAUUGUCUCAGGAGCACCACUAUGAAGAUAUAUUAGACAAAGAAAACCCAUAUGAGGACAUAGAGCUGGAGAGUUCAUGCUCCCAACAGUCACUGCCUUCUUCUCCUGGAUCGGACAAUCACAAGGUGUUGAGACCUGGUUUCUUCAGACAGAACUCUGGCCGUAGUUUUAAGUUACUCGAUUUACGUAAAGCUCAACAGUCUGUGAGCAGCAGCAGCAGCACCAGCACCAGAGUGUCCUCCCCUCCUCACCUCAGCCCCCCCUCCACCCCCAGGACCCCCGACAGAAACUCAUGGUCCAGCAGUGAAGCCUCCAGUCGUACCUGCCAGAGGAUACCCACAGUUGUGCUGAGGAUCAACAGUAUCUUUGAGGCUCGGAUUGGGAAAAAGCACUUAAGAAGGAUUUACCAUUACGCUGAGAGCAGCUCGGGCAGAGUUACAGAUGACAGUACCUCAGAGAGUGAAUUUGAAGAAAGAGGCAAAGCUCAACGUCAGCGUCUUGUGUCGGCAAAGUCCAUCCUGAGCCGUCCAAACCAGACCCGGUCCAGACUCAGUCCCGGCCUCAGGAGCGGCCCAGCAGGACAAAACCAGAGGAGACUGUUUGAAUGUUUCGUGGUGGUUUCUCUGCAAAAGUCUAAGUCCAGUGGUCUGUAUCAGCCUGAGGUCACACAGCAGUUUCCCCCAAAGCUGGAGCAAAGUUUCAAACUCAUAAAAGAGACAGAGAACCAGCUUCGGAGCAUCCCUCUCUUCUGUUUCCCUGACGCCAAAGACUGGGAGCCCGUGGACCAUUACCCAAGCGAAAUGUUCUCCUUUGUUUUGACUGGAAUUGACGGGAGCAGGAGGUUCGGAUACUGCCGCAGAUUACUGCCCACUGGAAAAGGCAAACGUCUUCCAGAGGUCUACUGUAUUAUUAGUCAUCUGGGCUGCUUUAACCUCUUUUCAAAGGUGCUGGACGAGGUGGAGAGGAGGAGGGCCCUGUCUCCGGCUCUGGUGCAGCCCUUUAUGAGAGCCAUCAUGGAGGCCCAGUUUCCUGCUCCAGGGAAAACCAUCACCAUCAGGACCUUCCUCCCGGGCUCCGGUACAGAGGUGAUGGAGCUGUGCCGUCCCUCUGACUCUCGUCUGGAGCACGUGGACUUCGAGUGUCUGUUUUCGUCUCUGAGUCUGAGGCAGCUCCUUGGGGUCUUCAGCUCUUUACUGUUGGAGAGACGGGUCAUCUUCACCGCAGACAAGCUCAGCUCUCUCUCUCAGUGUUGUCAUGCAGUUUUGGCUCUGCUGUAUCCGUUUGUUUGGCAGCACACGUACAUACCAGUGCUCCCCUCUGACAUGUUGGACAUCGUGUGCACUCCUACGCCCUUCUUUGUGGGUCUACUGUCUAGCUCCCUGCCCCACCUCACUGAUCUGCCCCUAGAGGAGGUGUUACUGGUUGAUCUUGGAAGCAAGCGGUUUCUUCGACAGUUGGACGAUGAGGACUCCAUUCUCCCAUGCAAACUUCAGUCAGCUUUAGAAAAUGUGCUGGAAAGAAGAAGAGAACUGGCCAGUGAGAGAGGGGGACAGAUAUCAAAUGACACCGACCAUCUGAGCACAGUUGUAUCUGAGGCCUUUGUGCGUUUCUUUGUGGAGCUGGUGGGACAUUACCCGCUCUUCGUCACAGGAGAGAGGGAGGACGGUUACUCCUCCUCUUCCUCCUCCCCCGGCUCCUGCAGCUUCCAGAGGGACCCCUUCAGAAAAGCCAUCCCCUCCAAGAGCAUCCGACGCUUCCUGGAGGUCUUCAUGGAGACGCAGAUGUUUGGUCUGUUUGUCCAGGAGAGGGAGCUCCACACACAGGCCCUCAGAGGUCUGUUUGAAGUCAGAGUACAUGAGUAUUUAUUGUCCAUCCAGGAUAACGACCAGAGACGAGUCAACAGGUUUCUCAAAGGACUAGGAAACAAAAUGAAGUUUCUAUCCAAGAAGUAAUCUCCUCUGAAGUGUCACGUUACCACUGUCUUGAAAACCUUCACUUUUUGGACUCAUUGAGGAGACUGCACACACUGAACAUAAACACUUCUUAACAUUUCCAGUAGAGGGCAGUAGUUCAUCUCCUGAAAGUGAACUGCAUUUUCCCGCUUCUUUUCGGUGACGUCGCAAGAGGUUUCACAAGUGAGCAAAUAUAGCCUGCCCCUCUUUACAUUGUGGCUUGUUCUUUUUGGCGAUGCAUUUUAAUAAAAGCCUACGUUGCUUUAAAUUGUUUAGUUAAGAUGACAGUUUAGUAAACACACCCUCCCCCUCUGCCCACAGAUUUAUAAUUAUAAGAUUUCACUGUAAUGCCCUUUCAUGUUACACAAUGAGGUUUUGUUACAGAGCCCACAAAGCUGAAACACUCUGUUGACUCAGGGAUUGUGCCCUGGUUUUACCUAAACUUUACCGAGGCUGUGUUCAUAUCAGGUUCACACUUGCACACUUUUUGCACACUGUACACAAAACCUGGACUAAACUUGGACUAAAGCAAGACUCAACCAGGGCCAAAACAGGACUAAAUCUGGAAAAUUUUGACUCAAACAGGACUAAAGCAAAACGAAAACAGGACCAGAGCAAAACUAAACUAAGGCCUAAACUUGGACCAAAGCAGGACUAAAUCAGAACCUAAACUUGGACUAAGCCAGAAACAAGGCAGGACUCAAGCAGGACCUAAACAGGGACUAAACAAGGACCUAAACUUGGACUAAGCCAGAAACAAGGCAGGACUCAAGCAGGACCUAAACAGGGACUAAACAAGGACCUAAACUUGGACUAAACCAGAAUCAAGGCAGGACUCAGCCAGGACCUAAAUUGGGACUAGACCAGGACCUAAUCCUGAACUAAACCAGGAUUAGAGCAUGACCAA